ACCAAAUAUUCCUACACCUACACGUUUCCAGUUUCCUGUUGUUCGUUCGGCACCUUUGUUUCAGCCAGGUGGCUCAGUUAGUUGUGCGAAAGUAAAUGUGUUGUGGCCUUAACUUUCAAGGGGGAAGAAAGGUGUUUUAAUUAUUUUUUUUUCAUUUGGAUGCUCCAUUGUUGCACGUUAGUGAGAGGUUAACUAAUUUAUUCGCAAUGGAGAGUCAGAGAAUAAUUCAAGGAGUCAGCGGCGCACACAACGAGGCGGCCCUGUUGGCGUUAAUCAAACAAACAGGAUAUUCGAUCGUUCAGGAAAACGGUCAGCGGAAAUUCGGCGGUCCCCCACCCGGCUGGGAGGGCGCCCCUCCCUCUCGUGGCUGCGAAAUCUUCAUAGGAAAAAUACCCCGAGACCUGUACGAGGACGAACUCGUGCCCGUGUUCCUGAAGAUCGGAAAAAUCUGGGAGUUCCGGCUGAUGAUGGAUUUCAGUGGCACCAACAGAGGGUUCGGCUUCUGCACGUACUGCUCGAAAUCCGACGCCAAGAAAGCCGUGAAAGAGCUCAACAAUUUCGAAAUUCGAAAAGGGAGGUACCUCGGCGUAUGCUCGAGCGUGGACAACUGCAGGUUGUUCGUCGGCGGAAUCCCGAAAACAAAGCAGAAAGAAGAGAUUCUGUCGGAGAUGUCGAAGGUCACAGACGGCGUCGUCGACGUCAUCGUCUACCCCAGCGCCGUGGACAAGGCGAAGAACAGGGGAUUCGCCUUCGUGGAGUACGAGAGUCACCGGUCAGCGGCGAUGGCCAGGCGCAAGCUGAUUCCAGGGAGGGUGCAGCUGUGGGGCCACACGAUAGCCGUGGAUUGGGCAGAGCCUGAGCCCGAGACGGACGAGGAUAUAAUGGCAACGGUGAGUACGUCUUAAGUUUGUGGAUUAUUUUGGCUUGUUUGGUUAUGUUGAGGCACGUCUCGCGGAUUGUGGGAUUGUGUUUUGGCUUGUGUGGUUAUGUUGAGGCACGUCUCGUGGAUUGUGGGAUUGUGUUUUGGCUAAUGUGGUUAUGUUGAGGCACGUCUCGCGGAUUGUGGGAUUGUGUUUUGGCUUGUGUGGUUAUGUUGUUGAUUGUGGAAUUGUUUGGCUUACUUCUCUGAUUGUGUUGAGGAGCGUGUGGUUGUGGAUUGUGGGAUUGCGUUGUGACUUAAAAUGACGUGAUUGUGCAGACAGGAGAAGGAAAACUAACAAAUCGUUCCAAGGUAGGUUUAAGUUUAAUUUUAAUAAUUGUUAAGUAUAUUAUUUACCGUCACAAUUGCAAGUUAAACCAGCGUAACCAUGUUAUGCCAGAAGUGUAGCGAGGGGGGCAGGGGGGGACAGAUUUCCCCGUGCGCCAGCUAGUUAGGGGCGCCAAAAUGUGCUUUGAUAUUAUUUUAUUGAUGAAAAUAAUGGGCUUGAGAGUUGAAAAAAAAAAAAGAAAAAGGGACGCUUUAAAAAUGGAUCUUGUCCCCGGGCGCAAAACACCCUCGCUACGCCUCUGCUAGAUUCUAUAUCGUUAUGAUUGUCCACCGCUCUGAGAAGACAGUCAUUCAGUCACGGCUAAUAUUAAGUUUCUUUUUUAAAAAAUAAUAUUGAUUUAUUGCAAACCCAGGGGACCCACAGUUAAAACUUUGUUUAGAUCUUCAUUCAUUCAUUAUGUGCCCUAAGUCAAGUUCUUUCUUUUUUUUUUUUUUGUUGAGUUGAUGUAAUAUUUUACUUUAGAGAACUAGUUGCGCAACUUUUUUUUUUUUAUUUUAAAAAAACUGGCUUUACACACGUAACAUCAUUUGGUAAAUGCAAUUGAUGCCAUGACGCAUCACACGGCUGCUAUUUUGGUUUCCACGAUCCGUGAACUUUUAUAACUGACUGCCACUAAACUUAACCUGAACCCUAAAUUUAUCCCUGAACCAAACUUGAACCCUAAAUGUAACCCUAAGCAAACCUGAACCCUAAAUGUAUCCCUGAACCCUAAAUGUAUCCCUGAACCCUAAAUGUAUCCCUGAACCCUAAAUGUAUCCCUGGACCAAACUUGAACCCUAAUGUAACCCUAAGCAAACUUGAACCCUAAAUGUAUCCUUGAACGGCACCAAUUCUCUGCGUUAGACCAUCAUUUGCUAAUUACCCGGAUUAAGUACAAACACGCCAGGGUGGACCAAGUACAAACACGCCAGGGUGGACCAAGUACAAACACGCCAGGGUGUACCAAGUACAAACACGCCAGGGUGUACCAAGUACAAACACGCCAGGGUGGACCAAGUACAAACACGCCAGGGUGGACCAAGUACAAACACGCCAGGGUGUACCGAAAAUGCGUGAUUAUAAUUCCCACCCCCACCUCUCUCCCACCCCACCUCUCUCCCACCCCACCUCUCUCCCACCCCCACCUCUCUCCCACUCCACAUCAGCAGCACAAUAAUGGCCAUGGAAGCAAAAUUAGUUAAAAUACAUUUUUUUUUUUUUUAGCGAAUUUCAAAUUUAUNUCACAAAUAGCAUCCCACCAUAUCAUCACAUAUAGCAUCCCACCAAAUCAUCACAAUAGCAUCCCACCACAUUAUCACAAUAGCAUCUCACCACUUAUCACAAACAGCACCCCACCACAUCAUCACAAUAGCAUCCCACCACAUCAUCACAAUAGCAUCCCACCACAUCAUCACAAUAGCACCCCACCUCAUUAUCUCAAUAGCAUCCCACCACAUUAUCACAAAUAGCAUCUCACCACAUCAUCACAAAUAGCAUCCUACCACAUCACCACCAAUAGCAUCCCACAUCACCAAUAACAUCCCAACCCAUCACAUAUAGCAUCCCACCACAUCACCACCAAAAGCAUCCUACAUCACCAAUAACAUCCCAACCCAUCACAUAUAGCAUCCCACCACAUCACCACCAAAAGCAUCCCACAUCACCAAUAACAUCCCAACCCAUCACAUAUAGCAUCACACCACAUCACCACCAAUAGCAUCCCACAUCACCAAUAACAUCCCAACCCAUCACAAAUAGCAUCCCACCACAUCACCACCAAUAGCAUCCCACAUCACCAAUAACAUCCCAACCCAUCACAAAUAGCAUCCCACCACAUCAUCUCCAAUAACACCCCACCACAUCAUCAAAAAUAACACCCCACCACAUCAUCGCAAUAGCGCCCCUUAUCAUCAAUAACAGUUUCCGUUGUUAUCCCAAUCGUAAAUAUAUUUCCACGUCUGAAUGCGCGCUCUCCACCGGCGUUCAAGUGUUGUGUUUGACGGACUGCCUGUUGCAUCAUCACCUGAGCUGCAUAAUUAUUAUUAUUUUUACUAUUUCGUCGGCAAAACCAGUUGUUUUAUUGUUAUUUUAACUAAUUAAUUAUUUUCACUUAUCCCCACACACCCAAACACCCACCCCUCACUAGAAGGCAGAUUUCGGCAGCUGUCAUGUGAUCUUCACCAAACGCCGGUUAAAUUUUGACACGCUUCUGAAUGAAUAAUGAAAGUGAAAGAAAGCGCGCGCACGAGAGGGGCGUUUUACGUGGGGGUUAGGGGGAGGAGCUAACGUUAUCGCAAAUGUUUGAUUGACAUCAAUAUAACCAGCGACGUCAUAUCUGCUGCGAUCAUUCUUGGACCAAAUAUUCCUACACCUACACGUUUCCAGUUUCCUGUUGUUCGUUCGGCACCUUUGUUUCAGCCAGGUGGCUCAGUUAGUUGUGCGAAAGUAAAUGUGUUGUGGCCUUAACUUUCAAGGGGGAAGAAAGGUGUUUUAAUUAUUUUUUUUUCAUUUGGAUGCUCCAUUGUUGCACGUUAGUGAGAGGUUAACUAAUUUAUUCGCAAUGGAGAGUCAGAGAAUAAUUCAAGGAGUCAGCGGCGCACACAACGAGGCGGCCCUGUUGGCGUUAAUCAAACAAACAGGAUAUUCGAUCGUUCAGGAAAACGGUCAGCGGAAAUUCGGCGGUCCCCCACCCGGCUGGGAGGGCGCCCCUCCCUCUCGUGGCUGCGAAAUCUUCAUAGGAAAAAUACCCCGAGACCUGUACGAGGACGAACUCGUGCCCGUGUUCCUGAAGAUCGGAAAAAUCUGGGAGUUCCGGCUGAUGAUGGAUUUCAGUGGCACCAACAGAGGGUUCGGCUUCUGCACGUACUGCUCGAAAUCCGACGCCAAGAAAGCCGUGAAAGAGCUCAACAAUUUCGAAAUUCGAAAAGGGAGGUACCUCGGCGUAUGCUCGAGCGUGGACAACUGCAGGUUGUUCGUCGGCGGAAUCCCGAAAACAAAGCAGAAAGAAGAGAUUCUGUCGGAGAUGUCGAAGGUCACAGACGGCGUCGUCGACGUCAUCGUCUACCCCAGCGCCGUGGACAAGGCGAAGAACAGGGGAUUCGCCUUCGUGGAGUACGAGAGUCACCGGUCAGCGGCGAUGGCCAGGCGCAAGCUGAUUCCAGGGAGGGUGCAGCUGUGGGGCCACACGAUAGCCGUGGAUUGGGCAGAGCCUGAGCCCGAGACGGACGAGGAUAUAAUGGCAACGGUGAGUACGUCUUAAGUUUGUGGAUUAUUUUGGCUUGUUUGGUUAUGUUGAGGCACGUCUCGCGGAUUGUGGGAUUGUGUUUUGGCUUGUGUGGUUAUGUUGAGGCACGUCUCGUGGAUUGUGGGAUUGUGUUUUGGCUAAUGUGGUUAUGUUGAGGCACGUCUCGCGGAUUGUGGGAUUGUGUUUUGGCUUGUGUGGUUAUGUUGUUGAUUGUGGAAUUGUUUGGCUUACUUCUCUGAUUGUGUUGAGGAGCGUGUGGUUGUGGAUUGUGGGAUUGCGUUGUGACUUAAAAUGACGUGAUUGUGCAGACAGGAGAAGGAAAACUAACAAAUCGUUCCAAGGUAGGUUUAAUUUUAAUAAUUAAGUAUAUUAUUUACCGUCACAAUUGCAAGUUAAACCAGCGUAACCAUGUUAUGCCAGAAGUGUAGCGAGAGGGGCAGGGGGGGACAGAUUUCCCCGUGCGCCAGCUAGUUAGGGGCGCCAAAAUGUGCUUUGAUAUUAUUUUAUUGAUGAAAAUAAUGGGCUUGAGAGUUGAAAAAAAAAAAAGAAAAAAGGGACGCUUUAAAAUGGAUCUUGUCCUCGGGCGCAAAACACCCUCGCUACGCCUCGGCUAGAUUCUAUAUCAUUAUGAUUGUCCACCGCUCUGAGAAGACAGUCAUUCAGUCACGGACAAUAUUAAGUUUCUUUAAAAAAAAAAUAAUAUUGAUUUAUUGCAAACCCAGGGUACCCACAGUUAAAACUUUGUUUAGAUUUUCAUUCAUUCAUUAUGUGCCCUAAGUCAAGUUCUUUCUUUUUUUUGUUGAGUUGAUGUAAUAUUUUACUUCAGAGAACUAGUUGCGCAACUUUUAUUUUCUUAUUUUUAAAAAACUGGCUUUACACACGUAACAUCAUUUGGUAAAUGCAAUUGAUGCCAUGACGCAUCACACGGCUGCCAUUUUGGUUUCCACGAUCCGUGAACUUUUAUAACUGACUGCCACUAAACUUAACCUGAACGCUAAAUUUAUCCCUGAACCAAACUUGAACCCUAAAUGUAACCCUAAGCAAACCUGAACCCUAAAUGUAUCCCUGAACCCUAAAUGUAUCCCUGAACCAAACUUGAACCCUAAUGUAACCCUAAGCAAACCUGAACCCUAAAUGUAUCCCUGAACCCUAAAUGUAUCAAUGAACCAAACUUGAACCCUAAUGUAACCCUAAGCAAACCUGAACCCUAAAUGUAUCCCUGAACCCUAAAUGUAUCCCUGAACCAAACUUGAACCCUAAUGUAACCCUAAGCAAACCUGAACCCUAAAUGUAUCCCUGAACGGCACCAAUUCUCUGCAUUAGACCAUCAUUUGCUAAUUACCCGAAUUAAGUACAAACACGCCAGGGUGUACCAAGUACAAACACGCCAGGGUGUACCAAGUACAAACACGCCAGGGUGUACCAAGUACAAACACGCCAGGGUGGACCAAGUACAAACACGCCAGGGUGUACCGAAAAUGCGUGAUUAUAAUUCCCACCCCCACCUCUCUCCCACUCCACAUCAGCAGCACAAUAAUGGCCAUGGAUGCAAAUUUAGUUAAAAUAAUUUUUUUUUUUUUUAGCGAAUUUCAAAUAUAUCUUUUUUAAAUCUUAAUUGCCAGUUAAAUUAUAUAUCUGCAUACCGAUUAAACUUAAUACUUACCGAUUUGGGUGGGUGGGGGGGGGUCAUCCGUAAAUGACGUCAUACUACCCUGCUAGAAAAAAAUGACAACAAAUCAUCAAAGAAAUAUAAAUAGUAUAAGGCACCCUCGUCAGACAUCACACAUUUUAUUUAUGAAAUGCGAGAUUUUAUUGAUAUUAAAACGAUUAAAACAGUUAUUUUGGGAUCAUAAAACAUUUGAUUUAAAUCUAGGCCUACAUAAUAAAUUGUCAAUAAUCACGGAUGACUUUUUUUUUUAAUAUAAAUUUUUUCAACAAAUAACAAUUUUUACAAGGCAAGGGACAUUAAAGUUUAAAAAAAAUUUCUCCAGACAUGAUCUCGUUUCUUCGUAUGCUAUUAUUCCACGUUCCUUCCUACCACUGAAUAUAAUUUCUAAUAUCUGUGUGGAGCUAGGAAGCAUCUCAUCGUUCAAAUAUGUGCACUGGUCACUGGCACCAGGUGCGGUUGUUUUGCUUGACCCAUGGUGUCCCCUCCAUUUGGACUUCAGGAGGAGCAGGCCCUGAUUGAAACUAAAAGCCAAAUUAGGCACGGGGGGGCCACGUGACUUUGAGGGGCCCCUCUGAUGAGGAUCCGAUUAUUUCUGGUUUAGGGGCUGGGGUCGAUCUUUUGUAAGGACGUAAAUGUUUUAGUACCGGUGGGUAUCUCUCUCUCUCUAUAACUAUAACAAACGUUAUUGAAUUGUGGGCGUAACUAAUAGGUAAUAUUAUGGGGGUUGAAGGAAACUCGUCGUAAGCUUUUCAUUACUAAGCCCUCUUUUUUUCCCUAAUUGUUAAUUAACUAAAGGUUGACUCUAACUAAAGGGGAGGAAAUUAAGAGAGGCCGGGGGGGGUGGGUUAUCGGUGGGUCUGAAUGCCGCCCAGGUCGAUCUCCCAAAAGUUCGCCCCCCCCCCCCCCAAACACAUCUAACACAUGUAGUUCUUUUCUUGGCGCCAUGUUUUCGGCUAUUAAAACGUUGAUACACGUGGAAUGUUUCGAUCUGUUUCGUAACCUCUGAUGAGCUUGGUGCUCCCCCUUUGACAAUCUUGUUGUUGUCUUGGGUACUAAAUUAUCCAUUGCAGUGACCUAAAUCCCAGAGUUAUUCCAACCUAUCGUUCGCGUUUAAAAAAAAAAAUGCCGCAGCCGUCUACUCAUACGUCUAUAAAGUAAUGUAAUUGUAAUAUUGCAUUCUGUGCAGUGAAGCAUACAUUUAUAAAGUGAUGUAAUUGUAAUAUUGCAUUCUGUGCAGUGAAGCAUACAUUUAUAAAGUGAUGUAAUUGUAAUAUUGCAUUAUGUGCAGUGAAGCAUACAUUUAUAAAGUGAUGUAAUUGUAAUAUUGCAUUAUGUGCAGUGAAGCAUACAUUUAUAAAGUGAUGUAAUUGUAAUAUUGCAUUCUGAGCAAGGAAGCAUACAUUUAUAAAGUAAUUGCAAUAUUGCAUUCUGUGCAAUGAAGCAUAAAUUUAUAAAGUAAUUGUAAUAUUGUAUUCUGUGCAGUUAAGCAUAAAUUUAUAAAGUAAUGUAAUAUUGCAUUCUGUGCAGUGAAGCAUAAAUUUAUAAAGUAAUUGUAAUAUUGCAUUCUGUGCAGUGAAGCAUACAUUUAUAAAGUAAUUUUAAUAUUGCAUUCUGUGCAGUGAAGCAUACAUUUAUAAAGUAAUGUAAUAUUGCAUUCUGUGCAGUGAAGCAUAAAUUUAUUAAAUGAAUGUAAUUGUAAUAUUGCAUUCCGUGCAGUGACUUCUUUUAAACGCGCUUACCUAUCCGUCCUUGGGAGUAUUCGGUUAUCCAAACCACCGGGUCCCAGCUAGUUCGGAUAAUCGAAGUUGUACCGAAAUAACUUGCAAUUGAUUUGAAGAUGGUGCUCUUCAGUAAUUAAUUUUAUCUCAAUAUCUUAGUAGUUUCUGGAACUUAAUUCGUACUUUGAGUUCGUGAAUACAUAGCUGUAUCAUAGUAUGUAUAGGUGUCCCGUGAUUCCUCAGUUUUCUGUGAUUAUAUCGACGUACUUUGAUUUCGCGUAUAAAACGAUAUUAGUGGUAUUUUUAAGUCAAGCUCUUAGGGUAUUGAAGAUGAUUAUACAAGUGCUGACCCGGUACCGGGACUAAAAACUGCACCCGGCUCCUUCGAAAUGAACAGACCCUUUUCAGUGGUAAAGCUCGACGAAUUUUAAUGCCACGUGUGAUAAGGGGGGGGGGAGAUUGGUGGUGGGAGGGGGUUCUUAAAAAUUAUCAGCGGAAAAUAGAGCAACUAGUGGCAAAUGACUUACAUCUCAACUACUAUUCAUUAAAGGACAAUACCAGUUAAAACUUAAAAAAUCAACCAUUUAAUAGUUCAUUGUAGCUUAUAAUAUAUAUUUUAUUAAAUUAAUUUUAUGCCGGGAUUUCCUUGAAAAUCCCGGGAUGAAGAAAAUAUAUUCCCGUUGACCCGGUAUCGGCAAAACCCUUGGAAAGGAUAAACUCUCUUUAUUAAAACCGAAAAUGUUUUACGAAUGUGGCAACAUCGCUAACUGGUGUCAGAAAUGUUUAUAUUUGAAUAAAACCCAAUAAUUUUUGUAAAAUGAAAUUUUUGUAAACCCAAAAUUAUGUGUGUAUAUAUAAAUAUAUAUACCCCCUUUACAGACCCUCUCCCCCCCGUUUGAUUUGUGUUAGUGCGUGACAAAUAUUAAAUAAAAAUACCAUGUGGCCGACUCUCUUUUCAUCCACUGUCCGCAACUUGUAGGCCUAAUUGUUAAAAAACAAACACAAUUUGAUAGGCCUAAUUAUUUAUCAAACAAACCAGUGGUUUAUAGUUGACAACACCUAGAUCAGAAAAUGGGAGAUAUGCUUGGAAGAGGGGAGGGGGGGGCAUUACGCCACAGUAGUAUGAUGAUGAUGAUCCGACAAGAUCAACAACAAACGGCGACGCGCUGUCAUCGAUCUCAAGUGACGAAAGAGGAUUGGAAGCACACGCUGCCUUGUUGUUCUAGCGCAGUGACUUCCAAAGUGGGCGAUACCACCCCUUGAGUCGAUAGAAGCCUCGGGUGCAUGGGGGGGGGGGGGAUAAAAAAAAGAAGGGAUUCAUCCUUCUCAUUAGGAUUAUUUUUAAUGCUAUUCGUAAAUUUUAAUUAUAUAUUAUUCUUCAUUAUAUUAAUUAAUUAAUUUUCUGUGUUUGUAAUAAAUAAUUUUGUAAUUUCAAGCUUCAAAUUGUCUUAUUUAUAACUUUUUUCUGAACUAUAUUUUAGGACUUGUUUAGAAAGAUCUAUAGAUAAAUACCGGUACAUAUUUCUGUUUGUUCGCUGAAAGCAGUGGUCGGCAAACUGAUUAGUCAAAAGAGCCAAAAAAUCAGGACGAUUUUUUUUGUUUUAAAUGAGUCAAUUUUUUUUCCCAAGAACCUAUCAAGAACCAUGUUUUUCGGAGUCAAAACCGAUUUGUGGCCGACUGGCAGAGCCGCACUCGGGUCGGUAUAGAGCCGCAUGCGGCUCACCAGCCACGGUUUUCCGACCACUGGCUUAAAGAAUGAAUAUUUGAGGGGGCCCUGAGUAAUUUUUUUUUCUUCUGAAAAGGUGGCGGUAGGCCAAAUAAGUUUCGGAAAGCUAGAACUAAUCUAAAUACACCGAACUUAGAAAUAGGUGGUUAGAUUCCCAUGUCUGAUCUCUAAAUACACCACAGCCUCAGUGACGUAGUAAGCUCACAGGGUGCCCUAGACCUAAAGCCACCCCCCCCCCAAAUUUAAAAAAAAAACAACAUAAAAAUAAAUAUUAAUAAUUAAUUAAUUGAUGUUAAUUUUUAAAUCCCCGUGUCUGUAUAAUUACAGUUUAUGAAUGAAAAUCUACCAGGCAACAGCCGGUUAUGCCGGUUACACACCACUUAAAAGACCGGUGACAUUUGUGUCGCUAUUUUGAUUAGGCUUUGUCACUGUAAACCCAGACUUUUAGAAGCUUUUGUCUCUGCAGUUUUGACACAACACUCUUCAAUCAAAGUAGUGGCUCUAAAGCCUAGUUUUGACACAACACUCUUCAAUCAAAGUAGUGGCUCUAAAGCCUUUUGCUACACCAAAACCGUAUCCGGAAAUUUGAUCGAAAGAAACUUCGUCGACGGUAAUUUGGUCGAACGGAAAUUUGGUCGAAUCUUUUUUUCCCCAGUUGACACGUUAAAAUUUUGUUUUAAUAUAUAUUAUAGUGCGUUGAAAAAGAAAUUUAGCGAACAUUUUAACGUGUCACGUAAGCAAAAAAAGAUUCGACCAAAUUUCCGUUCGAUAAAAUUUCCGUCGAUCAAUUAACCGUCGACGAAAUUUCUUUCCAUCAAAUUUCUGGUAACCCACCAAAAUAUUUCCCGCAAACCCCCCCCCCAACCACCUAUCUGGAAUGCCAAAUGUUUCCCCCCAUUGUUCCCACCAGCACCGCCACUGAGAUGCACAUAAGAUUUGCUGGGCCUUCCCACAACCCCCUACCAUUACCUUUCUACCCGGAGGGUACGGGGGCCGGAGGGUACGGGGGGGGGGACACUUUGAUGAACACCCCAUGCAUCAAAGGAAGGGGAUGCGCAUGUCCAAAAUCAGGGGCUCUCAACCUGUGGGUCGCGACCGCUUUGGGCUAUGAAGUAGCCAAGGAAAUAAUUUUGUUGUUGAGGGUCGCCACAACACGAAGAACGGUUGGGUCGCGGCACUAGGAGGCACAGCUGAUCUAAAUCAUAGAUGGUUGUAGGACGGGCAGAUCCCUUUGUCUUUUGGCGGUCGGGGAGGAGGGGGGGGGGGCGGACAAGUGAAAACAAAGUUCCUUUCAACUUCAUCAAACAGGUGACAAAUUGAAUUCCUGUGCCUGUGGAUCCUGCGAUAUCCACUCAAUUAGUGGAUCAAGUAAUGAAACAGACGAAGGGUUUGAAUGGAAAAUUACUUGCAGACUAUUUCUUAAUCUUGCGUGGCUGUCCUUUAGGGUGUGCGACCUGUGACCUCGCACAGGGCGCCGUGGCCAUUGGGGCGCCCAGUAAAUAUUUAAAUUCCCUUAGUUAUUAUAGUGUAGUACUAACCUCGAGUCCGGGGUCGAGAAACGGUACUCUAACUUUUCGCACAAUCGCUUUUCUUACAAUGAAAGUUGCAUACUUAGUGUGGAUACGAACACAGGGGUUGGGACCAAUCGAAAAGGCUUGGAAAUGAGGGAAGGGGGCGCGCCGAACGGGUGCUUCACACGGGGCGAAAGUAUACCAAAGUCUGGCGUUGGUUACAUUCUUUCUGACCGCAUGUCUCUGACCGUCAUGUAUCAUAAUCAUAUUUCUUACAUCUGUCGCUCUGCUUACACAGCUAUCCGCCACUACCUCACUGUUAGCGCAACAAAAAACACUAGAGUCUGUGCUCUUGUUCUCUCUCGUCUUGACUAUUGUAAGUCUCUUCUGUCAGGUUCAACAAAUCAAUUAAUCAUUUCAUAGAAAAACUGCAGACAGUUCAAAACUCAGCUGCUAGGCUAGUUCUAAAGGCAAAGAAACGUGAUCACUCGUUGAUAUUGCACUGUCAAGUGCUUCACAAAUCAUUGCAAAUGUAAAAAAAAAAUAACAAGCUGCUGUGUAAUUCGAAUUAUCAUAAAAGAUCAUCUUGCCACACGAUAUAUAUAAAAAUAUGAAACUACUUCCCAUUGAAAUCAAAUUGGAGUUAGUAAAAUAGCGUUAAUCUGUUUACAUUCGAUUUACGAAUACUAAUUAGAUUUGGGGGGUGGAGGUAAUGGAGAUUUUUGUACAUUUCCUUUAAAGUUGUGAACUAAAAUGCAUGAUUUCUUUAUAAAAAAAAUUUUUCCGUCGUUGUCGUCGUCACCGCCCUUCCCCCCACUUUUUUUUUUCCUCUUCUCUUCUCUCCUUGGGAAUUUCCUGAUAGCAGAAUCAAGGCCAUACGAAUGGGAUUUAGUUGCGGCUACGGCCUUUUGAAUAACAAGGCCGUACGUUGAGACUUAUUUAAGGGGGUUAUAUGUGCCGUACAGGUGUGGAUAAUUUUUUUUGUGCCUUUCCAAGGGUGGCCCAGAAAUACAUGACGGAUCAUUUGCAUAAUUUUGUUUGGUCAAUAACAGUUUACGAGCGUUGCGCCUUAUAAGUCUAUUUAUUAGUGGGGGGGGGGGGGUUCUGACGAAAAUUAAAGAGGUUAGGUCCAUCCUCGACCGUUGAAUAUGACAUGUCAUACUGCCAGGAAGUUCAUCUCUAUAUAUAAACAGGAACAUUAUAUCGUCAAGGAUGCGGAAGCUUCUGUUAGCCACCUAAGCAUGCAGUUUUAGUCUCCCAUAUAGCACAGUUGUCUCCCAUCUAGCACAGUUUUCUCCUCAGUCCCGAAACCACAGUAUCUUCCUAGUAACACAAACACUAUUUUUAAAGUUAAAGGCUACAUUGUUUCAAUUUUUUGUCACAGACAAAUGUAUUACAUAAAUAUGCAUGUAAAUGAAGUAUUUGACCUACUAAGGGCUCUGCAUGUCUUACGACGUGUCUCAACAAGGAGAUCCAACAAGACAAUGACAAAGAAACCAAGUCAAAUAAACAUUUAAAAAAAACACACAAAAAACUCUAAAUGUUGCACCUAAAAUUUUCUUUUGAAAUACAGCCCCCACCCCUAAAAACGUUAACCUCCAAGCCUCCCCCUUUUCACAUACACUAAAUAUAUAUAUAUAUAUAUAUCUAUCUAUAUCUAUCUAUAUAUAUCUAUAUCUAUCUAUAUAUCUCUCUCACACUAUAUAUAUAUAAAAUAUAUAACAUACAUAUAUAAUAUAUAUGAUAUAUAUAAUAUAUAUGAAAUAUAUAUGAUAUAUAUAAUAUAUAUGAUAUAUAUAUGUAUAUAUAAUAUAUAUAAUAUACAUAUAUAAUAUAUAUGAUAUAUAUAGACUAUAUAUGAUAUAUAUAGACUAUAUAUAUAUAUAUAAUAUAUAUAAUAUAUAUAGACUAUAUAUAUAUAUAUAAUAUAUAUAAAAUAUAUAUAUAAUAUAUAUAAUAUAUAUAUAAUAUAUAUAAUAUAUAUAAAAUAUAUAUAUAUAUAUAAUAUAUAUAAUAUAUAUAGACUAUAUAUAUAUAUAUAAUAUAUAUAGACUAUAUAUAUAAAAUAUAUAUAGACUAUAUAUAUAGACUAUAUAUAUAAAAUAUAUAUAGACUAUAUAUAUAAAAUAUAUAUAGACUAUAUAUAUAAAAUAUAUAUAGACUAUAUAUAUAUAAUAUAUAUAGACUAUAUAUAUAUAAUAUAUAUAGACUAUAUAUAUAUAUGAGUUUUGUCAAAAAUAAUUUCCGGAAGCGCUCCUAUACCAUUAAUGAGUUAAUGAGAAUGCGUCAAAACUUUAGUGAGAUGUUUCAAGCAAGCUGAACUCAUUCAAAAAAAAAAUUUUUUUAAAUCUUCUAAUAUCCCUUGGCUUAUUUCUUGGGGAUUGCUAAAAAAUUACGUUGAUUGUGGUAGGGCAGGCCUACCUUAGUUGUGUGAGUUUAGCUAAUGUUGAUGUGGGAAGUACCGUCAAAGAAAAUACUUAUUGGAAACACAAUGAUUAUAAUUUCUGUGGAUACUUUCUUCUUUUAUACAUAAAGUAUUUUUGUAAAAUAGGGCUCACUAUAUCUGAUGGAGGUUUCAGAACAAACUCUGACAGGAAACACAAUUCUAUUGGGUAGCAAUUAUUAUCCAGAUAGAAAUUUUAUUAGUAAAUUACAUCAUAUUUUUAUUAUUUGAAUUUUUUUAACAUAUUUCUUCUUCAUAUUUAAAAUGAAAGAUAAAUUCAUAACUAAUAAUAAAUUUGGCAGAUGCUUGGACUAAAAAUUAUUUAAACAUUUUUUUUAACUUCAGAGGUUGGGUUUGAAUUUGUUGAUGGUUUAAUAUACACAUCCAUUUGUAGACAUUUUUAUUGUUGGGUAGUUUUCAAAAUUUGGUUUCCUCAGGUUCGAAUCCUCUAUGUCCGCAACUUGAUGCUGUCAACAACCGAGGAGCAUAUCCAAGAAGUCUUUGAGGAGGCGAUUGGGAAAAAAGAUUGCAUUGAGAGGGUCAAGAAGCUCAGGGAUUAUGCCUUUGUCCACUUUCGACAGAGAGACGACGCACUGAAAGCUAUUGAAAUUAUGAAAGGUUUCAAAUUACUCUAUUAUUUCCAUAGAUAAUAAAAUUUUAAUUUGGAAGUUCUAUUUUACAAGGUGAACAAUAGUUUAACAGGCAAAAAUAAAUGUUUCAAGGUGUGCAGAUUAAUUACUUUAAUGUAGCAUUUGUCUCAUGUAGAGUAAAAAUUUAGUGCCCAACUGUGCAUGGGCUGUGUUUUUAUUUGGUGCCAUAAAGAACCAUCAGCUUUGCCUUAACGGAAUAUGGGUGGUGGUUGAACUUUCAUUCAUGGUGCUCAGCCGUGCACCCCCCCUUUCCUUUUUUGCUUUCCCCUCCAUGAGAUGGGGUUACGAAUAUUAUGUCUGGGUUGGGAGCUUUAUAUGGUGUCUCUUUUCAUAUAGGGAGAGACUGUUUGAAAAAUUAUUACAAUUGAAUGCAAUUAACUGAGAUAUCCCUUACAAAUUAAAUCUCCUCAGCCCACCGACUCCUGGCCCCCAUCCCUCCAUCAAAUUCAAUUCAUGUUAGUUCAAAUUUAAACUAAAAUUUUAACUGUUAUUUAAAGUGUAAUUUUAUGUGAGACAACUUCAAAUUUUGAACAGUAAGAAAAAUGCAACUAAGUUUUAAGAGUAUAAAAUGUACCUUUUUCUUGUUUUAACACACAAAUAUUCCCCAACUAAUAUUUAAAGAUGAUUCUGUCAAUAUUUUAAGAUGAUUCUGUCAUUGAUGGCUCACGGGUAGAAGUUGUUUUGGCCAAGCCGGUGGACAAGAAUGAUUUCUCUAAAGUUGCCAAAGCUAAAGGGCUGCAACAGGUAUUGUGAAAGAUUCAUCUCAACUUACCUUUCCCUUAUGUUUUUCAUUGUAAAACACUUUUGAAUAGUUUACUUUAAAAGAAAAAAAAACUAAUACAUUGUUUUGUUUUAAUCAUUUUGCAAUUUUAUUUUAUAGAAAUAUAUGUUUAAAAAACCAUCAACCAUAAAUUGCAUUUUUUUAAAGUUGUGUUACAAAUUGUGGAGCUCGUGGCACUGUCAAAGAUUUCAGUUGUUUACACUGUUUCAGAUACUUGAUGUUGAGAGCUCCUUACUUGCGCCACUCUACAGCCAAUUAACACUACAGCAAGGAGGAAGGUAUGUCCUUUUAUAAAUUUUAUUUUAUUAUAUUAACUUUAAAAAAAAAAUUAUAUGAUUUAUUUUUAUUGAAUUUCUUGCUACAAUAAUAUCCAGGAUUAUUUUGCUUAGAGCAGUGGCUGCCAAACUUCGUUAAUAAGAACUACUUUAUUAUAUAUAAAAUCAUGUUGUCUCCUUAUUUUAUAAGCAUGGUAUUUUUUUAAAGACACAAAAAUGUUUUACGGCCUAUUCCCUUUUUAACAUGUCCCCAAGUUUGGUAACUGCAUUAGACUUCAUGGAAAAGUUAUGUAAGACUUCAACAGCUUUAAAUUUUAGAAAUAACAGUCUUAAAGAUGUCCUUGUUGGUUAUGAUAAGCUUAUUAUCAGCGGAGAUAAUAUGAAGCUUUGGGGAUGGCAGAUGUGUGCAUUUUAACCUUUAUGAAGUAGCCUACAUUUUCUGUAAAACUUUCAGGGGUGUAGCCAGGCCAAAUGUUCCACCUAUUCGUGGUGGGAGAGGGCGAGGGGCAGCUGGAUCAAGGGGGGCUGGAGGGAACAAGGGCUAUGUUCCUACACUGAUGAGGGGUGGCUAUAGACGAAACCCUGUAGAGGUGAGUAGUCAUUUUUUAAAAAUUUGUUCUCUUCUUGUGUUUUCUUUCUGGUUUUUUUUUGUUUUGUUUUUUUUUUCUUUGCUUUAGGUUCACUGGAGUUAGGGUAACACAUGUGAACAUACUUGUCAGGAGUGUUUUUAAAUUUAAUUUUUAUGUUUUUUAUUUUGAGACUUUUUAAAAUCCUUUUUCCAAGAGACUAAUAGGAUGGCGUAUAUAUAAAGCUGGUAAAAAAUUUUUUGUCAUUUUUUAACGUAAUUGAAUUUAUACAAAUAUUUGUUUUUACUAACACUAAUUUUCACAAAUAAAUUAUGGUAAAAUUAUUUUUUAAUAGUCAAAAUUAUUUUUUUUUUGUUGCAAAUAUUAAAACUUAUUUAAAAAAGUUUUUUGUUGUUGUUGAUGUAACGGUGGGGUGAAAAGUUUCAUGUUAUUUUGUAAAGCUUUUCAAUUACAACAAUGCCAAAUCACAUUAAACCAUAGGGUCGCCUAUUUGACCUGCUACCAGGUGUGGAGUUAACCCCAACUAACCCAACAACACUCAAACCUUUGAGUGUGCGAUCACCUGUCCAGGUAGGGGUUUACCUGACUCUUGCUAAACAUAUAGCACUUUCCUGCUUGCUAUUGGAAUCCCUUAUAGUUCAUUUUCCUGUUUCAUAUAGUCAACAUGCUCCUAUGAAAACGUAGCUUAUUUUUUCUCAAUGAACAUUCAAAUAAUAUUUUUAUCUUUUAUAUAUAUGUGUUGUUACAUUUAAUUUUUUUUAUAUCGUUACAUUUAUUGUGUUUGCUGCUCUUUUAAUAGGCAUUAAGUCUUCCUUGAUUUUUUAAUAUUGUGUUAAUGAGAUAUCAUUUUUCUAUUAUUUCAUGUAAUAUACUUUGUACGUGGCUAAAAUCCAGCAAGAUAUUUGGGGCACUGCACAUAUUUUUUACCAUCCCUUUAUAACAUUUCCAAUAAACCAAAUAAAGUCCAGAAACAAUCAAAUUUCAAGCAAAAAAAAGACAGAAAUAAUUUUGUACCAAAAUGUGCUAAUUAUUGUAAGCAAAAAAAAUUUUUAAAGUUUUUAUUAAUCUAGGCUGUUUUCAUAAAUUUUGAAAGAAAAAAAUAAAUUAAAAAAAAUUAAAAUAAGAGUUAAAUAUUACAACAAUUGUUAUGUUAGAUUGGUCUCCACCAGGCCCCCACCCCACAACACAAUAUUAAAAAAUGACAAACAACACCCCCCUAACCCCUUCACAUGAUGUAAUAUGUGCAUGGUCUCUUAUCUGGCAAUUUUUUUCAACAGUUCCAAAAUCUUUGCUUCACCUUGAGAAUUUGUCCUCUUAUUUUGGGAUUUUAAAAACCUGUUUUGCUUUCAGUUACUAUUCUGGGAGAAUUUCUAGCCUUUUUUGCUCAAAACUUUUGUAGAAAGCCAUGAAUUUUUACUUCAACUAGAAAUAUUUUUUUUUAUAUUACAUAAAAUGUUUUAAACAUUAGCUAUGUAUUAUGAGUGACUGCCCUCCAUCCAGGGAAAAAGCCCUUAAAGAAAUAAUAUGAGAAUGUGGUCCUUGUUUCUUGAAAGAGAUUAGUUCAGCGUAAUAUUUCUUUGUCUUCAAUGCAUAUUGGGAUUUUUAAAUGCCUACAUUUACAUCAAAAUUUUUGUAAAGGGCUUUCAAAUUAAAUUCUUGCAAACUUUAUUUCUUGGCCUGUAUCUAGCAGCUUUAUAUAUUUAGAAGCUUUUCCUCUGCUAACCCUGUACACAACAUCUAUUGUAAGCCCUGGGUCAGAAUGACGAUCUAUUUUUAUUAAUGAGAAAUCCUGGCAUUUAUAUUAUGAAUAAGACAACAAAGUUCACUCUUAACCUGUGUGUACACACACUAGUAUACACAGCUGCCUCAGAAAUUAGAGGGAACAUGGCAAACCAUUGCAUUUUAUUUGUAAAAUUUGCAGAGUUAGACUUUUUUGAAAAACACUUUUGCUAUUACUUAAUUUCAUUAAUUUUUAAGGUUUUGGAAGAGUUGUGUCAAAAAAACCAUUGGGGAAUACCAGCAUAUCAACUUCAUUCAGCAAUCCAAAGAGAUGCAAUCACCAAUACAGAUUCCCAAUUUUUUCUAUUUAAGGUAUGGUUCUUGCAGUUAUUUUAG